GAUGCGGCCGGGGAGCCCCCUAGGAAACACCCCUGGCAGGGACAGGGCGGGGGAACUCCCCACCUUAGCACACAUGGAGAACCCCGGGGCAGGCCCCCUGCACAUGUAGCACAGAUGGGGAUCCCCCUAGGAAACACCCCCGUUAGGGACAGGGUGGGGGCAGCCCAGGGCGCCCUCUCGCACCUUAGGACACAUGGGGAUCCCCCGGACAGCCCCACCACCUUAGCACACAUGGGAAUUCCAGGGCAGCCCCUCCCCUCCUACCUUAGCGCACCCGGGGAUCCUGGGGCAGCCCCCCCCCACCUUAGUGCACACAGGGAUCCCCCAGGACAGGCCCCCCAGCUCUGUUGAUGUGAUCCUUCUGUGUCGUCUGGACACUGGACUGAGAGCCAACCCGCUCAUUGCACUUGGGCUACUGACUGCCAAAUGGUAACUACUGUCACCGGUGGCCUGGGCUGCACUAUGACUUCAUGAUGGGAAGCUCUGGAGACAGACAGCCCUAGUGGUAUCUGUGACACCCCAGAACCAGGGAACUGGGUAGCAACUACAGAGAACCUGCUUUUAUUUUUUAGAGGUUAGGUUAAACCUGCACUGGUGUGGAAUGCCCCAUUUUCUCCUCCCAGUGUAGCCAGCCUGGAGGGAUUCAGCACAGAGGAUCAUGGAACUUCUGCCUCCAUUUCAACGUGUCAUACAGCCUGAAGAGAUGUGGCUUUAUAAAAACCCAUACAUAGAAGCAGACCAUGUACCCACCAAGCUCAUGUUUUUAAUUUCGUUUUUGUGUCCCCUGAUGUUCAUCCUUCUGGCAAAAUUCCUCAUGAAAGUUGACCGCAGAGACACUCAGGAGGCCUUUUUGGCUGCCAGCCUUGCUCUUGCCCUGAAUGGGGUCUUCACCAAUGCUGUGAAGCUAGUCGUGGGAAGGCCACGGCCAGAUUUCUUCUACCGCUGCUUUCCGGAUGGACAGGCAAACGCCAAGCUGGUAUGCACCGGUGACCUGGACGUGGUGACUGAGGGACGCAAGAGCUUCCCGAGUGGGCAUUCCUCUUUCGCCUUUGCUGGUCUUGCCUUCUCUGCCUUCUACCUGGCAGGAAAGCUGCACUGCUUCGCCCCUGGCGGGCGUGGAAAAUCCUGGCGGCUUUGUGCCUUCUUAUCACCACUGCUCUGCGCUCUCCUCAUCGCUCUGUCCCGCACCUGCGAUUACAAGCACCACUGGCAAGAUGUGCUGGUUGGCUCAGUGAUUGGCUUCACGUUUGCAUAUCUAUGCUACAGGCAGCAUUACCCUUCCCUGACUGACUCAGAGUGCCAUAAACCAUUGCAGUGUAAAUCCAAACUACCACCAGCACAGGAGCACAAGCUGGCCAGCUCCAGCUUCCACCUGGAAAUAUAAUGAUGGGAUCCACUUUGCUGGGACCGGCCCUUGAGUAAUCAUUCCUUCCACUCUUCAGCCCGCAUCGUGGGGAAGGGUACAGGCUUUGGGGCCAUCGCUCACUGCCUACUUGGUGAAGUAGCCCAGUAAACCAAACGCGGAUGCGGCUGAUAGAUGUAUAGGAAUUGCUCCCCUGAACAUGGGGUAAGUGGUCCUGCUCAGCAGGCCUUGGCUUGUACUGUUCUUGUUUGAGAGAUGCUCCCCUCUUUCAGGCCAGCCCUGGAGGAAGCGAAGCAGGCUGGCUACGACACCAUCUAAAGUAAGAACUGGCUCUCUGUGAAGGGAGGCUUGGUGGAAAUCCUGUAGGUGUAUGGGGCCAUGUAGUAAUGUGCAGGGAAGUCAGCCCUCUCCAAUGGAAAAUAUUUUAUGAAAGGACAGCAUGCACAUAGGAAGAGCUGGUCAGUGUGGUGGGUACUGCAUUUAGAGAUAGCACCUCCUUGGCGUACCCUGCAGCCUGGGCACACUAGGUGUGGUUUUAGUGAAAAAGCUCUGUCCUACAGCAGGUCCAACAGAUGCUGGGCUGAAGUCCUGGUGUGGCACCCUGGCUGGCUUUGAAAUCUCUCCAUGCCAUAUUGUUGGACACUGCACAGACUGCUUUAACCAAUUUGUAAAUACAUUUGCUUCCAGAAUCCUGCCCCAACUCUCACCUGAGGAUAGCUGGACAGUGUCUUCAGCACUCUGAUCAGUUUUAAUCCCGUCCUGUGUUCCCACAUCCUCCCAAGGCCAAGAUCAGCACUGUAGUGCUAGGGACCUGUCUGACCAAUACCAUGGGAAGCUGUCACUCAUGGUCCCACUGUUAAGAAUUACAGCUAGUUGAGGGCAUGCGCUGUGAUGUUUUAUAUUUAAUUCCAACCUAGAAGCAGCAGGGCAGUGAGAUGGUGUCUGUACAGCACCAUCCACGGGCUCACUGCUUUAUGGGCAGGAUGUGUCGCUCUGUCCAUAACUGUUAAAGGUGAAAGGAUACAGCAUCUUUCCUUGUAGAAUGUUUCCCUGUGGACCAGCUGAGCAAUUUGCAUUCUUGUUUCCUAGGAAAUCUGUUAAUUUCAAAUGUAAUGUAUCCCUACCAUUAAGUACUGGAACUGCUGACUGUGCUAAGCUAAGGCCUGUGAAGUAUAUCUUGUUAAUCACACCUAACAUAGUUCAGAGUAUGCAAGAGCAAGGGCUCAGCCUUGUUGUGGUUUUUAGGGGGAG